UCUCUCUUCUCUUUCUCUCUCUCUCUCACACACACACACACACACACACACACACACACACACUCACAAGGCGGAGAAAUACGGUGCAAAUGGCGAGCAAGGCGGGAGUCUCCGACUCCGUUGAUCCACUGGGCGGAAUCAAUGGGCCGUCGUUAUUUCCCCGCACGAUUAGGGCUUCAGCCGACGUUCCAGUUCCGGCCGAUUCCAAAGACCUAGAUUCGAUUCACAAUUUCAUGAAAUCCCUGGAGUUAAGGAGUCCUGAAAAGCUCAUGUGUGAGGCAAAGAAAAUUGUGGAUGGUGGAAUACAGCUUAUGGAAUCUAAUUUUGCAAGCUUUGCGGAAAAUGUGGGCAUUGGUGAUGCCAUAGCUGCUAAAGGUAAAGACAGGCCUCAAGAACGAAGACCAGGUCUUGCCCGUGUUCGUAAGAGGGCUCCAUUCUCUCUAAAGACCAACAUCAGCCAGCCUUCAGUGAUUUUGGAACCUACUUUGAAUAUCGAUCACCUUCAGGACCCGGAUGAAUAUUUUGAUGCUUAUGAGAGGAUGCAGAAUGCGAAAAAAGAAAUACAGAAGCAGUUGGGUGGCAGUACGGACAAUUUAGACCUUUAUAAACCAUCAAAUAAUGCACGCCCACGUCGACCUGGAAUUUUAGGGAAGUCAUAUAAUUAUAAGCACCGCUUCUCAUCCACGCCUUAUGAAAAUGAUGACACGUCGAUGCCAUCCCAAGAGACAGUGGAUGAGGACAUUCCAAAUUCACCUAAAGACGAGUCUCAAGAAAAGUUGGUACAUCCAGAUCCUAGUCCUGAUGCUGGUUCAGAGGAAGUUGAAGCUGCAGAAUCUACAAAGAAGACAGAUAAUGAAGUCAACAAUAUAUUGGAGGAACUACUGUCCUGUAAUUACGAGGAUUUAGAAGGGCAUGGGGCUUUGAAUAUCUUGCAGGACCGGUUGAAGAUCAAACCUCUUGAUCGCGAGAACUUAUACAUGACUGAACUAGCAGAUGUUGGAAGGACUAGUAUUUCAAUUGUGUCAGAAAGUCUGCAAAAGCCUCGCAAGAACUCCUCUGUUAUUGAUAGUGUGUUGAAAAGUUUCAGUAGGAAACGAUCUAUAGAACAUGAACCGGUGGCUAAUCCGAAUAAUCAUGUUUCUUCCCCAACUCCUCCAAGAAGUCCAUUUGCUUCCAUGGCUUUUCUGAAAAAAAGAAUUUUGCAAUCCAAUCCCCUGAGAGAUCCAUUUUCACCUCUGGAUGUUGAUCUUUCUGCAUUCCCAAACGCUUCUCCUGCCCUGACCAAGGAUAAGCGACAGGAUGAUGCACCAAAGGAUUCGGGCAUGUCUAGUGAGUUGGAAUCACGUGUAGAGGUUGAAUAUGCAGAGCCUGCAACUUCUAAUGUGAAUGCUCAAGAAGCAAAGGAAAAUACACAGGGUAUGGGCAUGUCUAGUGAGUUGCAAUCACAUGUAGAGGCUGAUUAUGCAGAGCCUACAACUUCUAAUGCGCAGAAAGCAACGGAAAAUGCGCAGGAUGAUUUCGAAAAUGAAGUGAUGGCAGAAGCACAUAAUCUUUCUGAGCAGUUUGCAGAUGGGAAUGCAAGCACAGAUGCUGGUAGUAGGCCAAAUGAAGAGUCAGAUAACAACACUGAGAAAAUAAUGAAUGUUAACGAGAAUGAAUCAAAUCAUGCUGUACUUGAGGAGGAGGCCAGGGAUGCUACAUCAAACAGACAACAAAAGGAUCCAGAACAACAGCCUAAGGUCGUUCGCUUUCUUUUGUUAUUUUUCACUUGUAGCUGCUUGUCUUGCUGAUAUUUUUCAAAUAUAAUUUAUAAAUCUUAUGCGUUUGCUGUAUUGAUUUUGCUUUGUUAUUGCAUUCAUUGCAUAAUUUCACUGCGUUCAAGACAAUUAUUAUAAUGAUUUUGUGCGUGAUCUUUUAAAUCAUGUGCUUAUUUCAACUUGUGGGUGUGUAUUUUAUCUUAGCAUAUUUCUCCACACCGACUUGAGUUUAGUUUCGACAGUUAACUGCAUGUGUGACACAACACAACAUUAGAUAUCAACAGCUUUUUCCGUUGUAUAUGUGUGUGCGCUUGAGCAUGUCUACGGACUUCCCCCCUUCCUAUUUAUAUGCUACAUGCACAGUAAGAAUUUCUCAGAGUGGAAGAACCAUUGUUGCAUUCAGUGUACUGAAGAACAAAAAACACACAUAUAUUAGGAAUUUUACUAGGAAUUUCUAUUAGACAAACUUGAACAGACGUUCGGAGAUUC